AUGCAUGAACUAGAGCCUACAAGUUAUGCUGAAGCUGUAAAAUCUGAGGCCUGGAAGGCUGCAAUGCAGGAGGAGAUGAAUGUGAUUGAGAAAAAUCAAACUUGGGAGCUGGUUGAUAGGCCACUUGACAAGAGAGUAAUACAAGUUAAAUGGAUAUUCAAAAGGAAGCUGAAUUCUGAUGGAUUAGUGAACAAACUCAAAGCUAGGCUGGUUUUUAAAGGCUUUGCACAGCAAUUUAGGGUAGAUUUUUCAGAAACCUUUGCACCUGUUGCAAGGCAUGACACCAUUCGGCUUCUCCUUGCAGUGACAGCUCAAUUCAAGUGGAAAAUCUUCCAACUUGAUGUGAAGUCUGCAUUCCUAAAUGGAUGGCUUGAUGAGGAAAUCUACAUUGAGCACUCAUGA